AUGGAAGACAUAUAUACUGCACUUAAAGCUGCGAGAACAGAUCCAUAUGCUACUCAAGAAAAUGUUGUUCUAAUUAAUAGAGUAGAGAAAGAAAUCACAUUUAACAAACAUAAUCCAUCUUCACGUUCUAUGAAACGGCUGCAAUUCCCACUAAUGCUGUCAUGGGCCUGCACUGUUCAUAAGGUUCAAGGAAAAACGUUUGAUAAAAUUGUUGUCUGUUUUGAUUUAUUAAAACAACGAGCCUUUCAAUCAGGACAAAUCUAUGUUGCAUUAAGUCGAGUCACAAGUUUAGACGGUUUAUACCUAACGGGUACAUUUUCUAAGUCAACCAUUAAGUCAGACACACGAGCAACAGAGCCAUACAAUUACAUGCGAGAACAUUCAAAAUUGACACAAAAAGAAACUGGUAAAAAUUCUAUUAUGGUCACUUUGCUUAAUACAAGAUCCUACAACAAGCAUUAA